UGUGGGGGUAGUUCCGGGAAGCGCGCGGCGUUAGUCGGCGCUCCCUUGCUCCCCCCCCCCCGCUGCUCUCUUCGUCACGCGCUCCCCUCCCCUUCCGCUCCGCUGCCUUGUCACCAGCUGCUGCGGGGACCGGGGAACCUCAGCGGGACCAUGGCCGGCCAGCAGGACAAGGCUGCCUUAAUUAGCGAAACCAGACGACGCUUUGAGACUGAAUAUGUGCCAGAUAAAUCAGAUAAAUAUGAUUCCAGAGAUGUGGAAAGAUUGCAGCAAGAUGAUAAUUGGAUUGAAAAUUAUUUAAUUUGGCGUCAUGAUGUUGUGGAUGAUACACUGAAGAUGAUUGAUGAAAGCUUUCAGUGGAGGAAAGAAUACAUGGUCAACGAUUUGUCUGAAUCUGCCCUUCCAAAAUGGUUAUUUGAAAAUGGUGCUCUUUACCUGCAUGGAUAUGAUAAAGAGGGCUACAAGUUAUUCUGGUUCAGGGUGAAGCUUCAUACAAAAGAUCCUAAACUGCAGUUUGAAAAAAAGAAGUUUGUAGCCUUUUGGUUAGAGCAUUAUGCCAGAAGAGAGCAUGGGAAGCCUUUAACAGUGGUGUUUGACAUGGCUGAAACUGGACUCAGUCACAUAGACUUGGACUUCAUUCGGUUCAUCAUCAACUGUUUUAAAGUUUAUUAUCCUAAUUACCUCUCAAAGAUAGUGAUCUUUGAAAUGCCAUGGAUAAUGAAUGCUGCUUUUAAAAUUGUGAAGGGUUGGCUUGGUCCAGAUGCGAUAAGCAUGUUGAAGUUUGCAAACAAGAAUGAAGUGCAGGAAUACAUCAGUGCAGAGUAUCUGCCUGCCUACAUGGGUGGAAUUGAUACUUUCAAGUACAGUUACCCUCCAUUGGUUGAUGAUGAUUUUCAAACUCCAUUAUGUGAAAAUGGACCUAUUACUACUGAAGAUGAAACUGAAAGUAAAGAGGAGGUGGAAGCAGACAGCAAGGAGGCUGGAGAAUCCAGUGAAGAGCAAAUUCUCAAUGUGAAAAAGGUAUGUUCUGUAGAACAAAUUUCCAAACCAGACGAGAAUGACAAAACAGAUUCCAAAACAAAAAAUGCAAAGAAGGCGUUAACCAUUUUUAAAGGACCGUUAUUACAUAUAAGUCCGGCAGAAGAGCUGUUUUUUGGAUCCAAAGAAAUUGGAGAGAAAAAAUGCUUGAUAGUUCUCACAAAUGUGACUAAAAAUGUAGUGGCCUUCAAGGUGAGAACAACUGCUCCUGACAAGUAUAGAGUUAAACCAAGUAAUAGUAGCUGUGAACCUGGUACAUCAAUAGACAUAGUAGUAUCCCUCCAUGGUGGUUUUGCCGCUUCCCUGCAGGACCGUUUCCUGAUAAUGGCAGCAGAAAUGGAUCAGGCUUCUGGAGCAGGCGUACCAGAAUUAGCUCAGUUUUGGAAAGAAGUCCCUAGAAACAAAGUGAUGGAACAUAGGUUAAGAUGUCAUGUUGUAGAAAGUAGCAAGCCUUCUACUCUGACAUUAAAAGAGAAUUCAUUUAAUAUUCCUACAAAAACCAAUGAAGAUUUACACUUACAGCUAACUCAAUUAUUACAGGUUAAUAGAAGACUUCAAGAGCAGAUUGAUCGCUGUGUCUGGUUCCAGCAGCUAAUAGUUGUAUUAGCAUUGUUCUUAGUUGCUAUUGCUGCCUUUUGCUUCUUCCUGUUGUACACUCAGAGAUGCUAAACAGCAAUGCUUUGC